GAUCAGUUGAAACAAAUAAAUUGGCUUACUGUAGAUGCCUGAGCAUUGUGGAAAUCCUCUUUUACGUGAUUGGGUAAAAGAAUGGAUGGACAAAUCGCAAAGUUUACAGAGCAAAGCUUAUUUUACUUAUAAAAAAGCAUAUGAUUCACUAUGUAAAUGUCCUGUUACAUUCAGUCAUCCUUCUGAAGCUAUUUGUUUAGCUGGGAUUGGUGAAGGUAUGGUGAAAAGAUUAGAAGAAAAUAUGAAAAAAUACUGUAAAGAGAACAACUUGCCUAUGCCUUCUCGAACUGUCAAUUCAAAAGUAAAUAAUACAGAAAGUGCGAAUGGGAGAUCACCAUCAGCGACUCAAGUCAAAUCUAGAAGAACAAAACCUUAUGUUCCUGCUUUUAGAACAGGUGGUUAUGCCAUUUUAUUAGCUUUAUUGAACAUGUAUGAAAAUAAUCAAUUGAAUGGGACUCGUGAUCAAAUUUGUAAUUUAGCUCAACCUUAUUGUGAUUCAUCAUUUACUUUAGCAGAUGCAGGAAAAUCAUAUACAGCGUGGAAUAGCAUGAAAACCCUAUGUGACAAAGGCUAUGUCUGGAAAAAUGGAAAACCUGCAAAAUAUCAAUUGACAGAUACAGGUAUUGAAUUGGCAAAAAAAUUGAAACAAUCAGUGAUAGCUAAUAUAGGUAUUUCCAUACCAAAUUUAUAUGAUUCGACAAGUAGUGCCAAUCAAUAUGAAAGAAAGAGACAAAAGAAUAAGUCAACAACAAAGACAACUACAAGCGACCUUUUAGACAGUUUAUUAAAAGAAAAAGAAAGGAAUGGAGGAAAUGAUUUGAAUACAUCUGACUUGAAUUUAUAUCCUAAUGAGUAUGAUAUUUUCUUAGUAUUAGACAGUCGUGAAAUUCAAAUGAGGGGUAAUCGAGAUUAUUUUCAAGAGCAUUUAUUAGCAAAGGGGGUUCAGUGUAUUACACGAUCAAUGAAUAUUGGUGAUGUUAUAUGGGUUGCUAAAAAAAAAGGAAGCAGCAACCAGUCUGAUGAGUUAGUAUUAGACUAUAUUGUUGAACGUAAAAGAUUGGAUGAUUUAGUCAGCAGCAUUAAGGAUGGUCGAUUCACAGAACAAAAGACACGCCUAAAACGUUCAGGAUUAGAAAAAAUCAUUUAUGUCAUCGAAGAAUACAAUCGUGAUGAAGCAGAGAGGUUUGGAAUGCAGGCUAUUCAAACUGCUCUGUCCUCAAUGCAAAUAGUAGAUGGUAUCUUUCUGAAACGAACACAGAAUAUUGAUGAAACGAUUGAUUAUCUUGUAUCAACAACACAAUUAAUAAAACAGAUAUACAAUGAAACUACGCUUUAUUCUAUUCAGGAUCAUAUCGUUACUCGCCAAAAUUACCUUAAUUUAAAAGAUGCAUAUAGAAAUAAACAAGCAAAUGAAGAGGGUAAGGUAGCGUAUCUCGUCAACUAUUCACUUUUUAGUCAACUGAACGCAAAGAAUGGACCAAUAAGCUUACAUGAGGUUUAUUUACGAAUGCUGAUGACAAUUCGUGGUAUAAAUGCUGAGAGAGCUUUAUCCUUGAUGAAGGUCUAUCCUACGCCGCGUUCAUUACUAUUAGCUUUUAAAGGGAAGACGCUAGAUGAAGCAAAGAACUUAGCCAAGGUUGCAACACAAGGACAAAUUAGUAGACGUCGAUGGGGAAAGGAAGCGAGUGAUAAACUAUACCAAGUUUGGGGUGCUUUAGAAUACCCAAAUAUGGAACACAAUAAUGAUAAUGAUUUUGACAGAUAA